AUGAUUCGCAAUCAUAAAUCAUUAUCAGAAGAAAAAAUAUUGUUGCUUCUCGAAGGUGAUUUAUCUGAUUUGGACCUUGAUACGUCUGAUGUGGAGGAAGAGAUUGAAAAUGCUCGGCAGCAGGACCCUACUACACUGGAUAUACAGUUUCUUCAAGGAAUGGACCUUGAUAUGGUUGAAAUUCUGGACCCUCAAGCCAAUGAUGAAGAUGAUGUUCCCUUAGCUUCAAGAUUACUUGCUGAGCAAAACCUUGCACCAAGUCAUUCAGCUCAGAAAAUUCAGUGUGAUACAAACUGGGAUCUUCGGUGGAGAAUGAAGGACAUUGAAGAAGUGGACACAUCAUGUAAUGCAGUAUUUUCUGACCCUCCAGGAGAUGAACUGACACCUUUGCAGUAUUUCAGAACAAUGUGUAGUGAUGACAUUAUCCAGAGCCUAGUCGAGCAAUCUAAUCUAUACUGCACACAGAAAACAUGUGCAUCUUUAGAUACAAAUGUUCGUGAAAUAGAAAAGUAUAUAGGGAUAAACAUCCUAGCAGGUGUUGUGAAAAUGCCUAGUUACAGAAUGUACUGGGCAGAGGCUACAAGAUUUUCUCCAUUAGCUGACUCAAUGCCUAGAAAUAGGUAUGAUAAGCUAAGAAAUUAUUUACAUGUGAAUGACAACACUAAAAUGAAACAAAGAGAGGACCCUGAUUAUGGCAAGCUGUUCAAGGUGAGACCAUUUGUUGACAAAAUCAAACCAGGUUUUUCAAUUAUUGAACCUGAGGAAUAUCAUUCAGUGGAUGAAUUAAUCAUUCCUUUCAAAGGUCAUUCACCCCUGAAACAGUAUGUAAAAAGCAAACGACACAAGUGGGGUACAAAAGUUUUUGCCCGUGCUGGUUCUAGUGGAAUUGUGUACAAUUUUAAAAUAUACUGA